UAUUUACGCUGACGCGUGUCACCCGGCAGUGAAACUGUCUCUUAUUCACAAGUGAAACACAGCAAAAGCAGGACACACAGUAAUCCACUGUGAGAGAUCAAACAUGGGCAAAGGCGGCGGUACAUUUGAGAGACUGUUGGAUAAAGCUACCAGUCAGCUGCUCCUGGAGACAGACUGGGAGUCCAUUUUGCAGAUUUGUGACCUCAUUCGCCAAGGCGAUACACAGGCAAAAUAUGCAAUCGCUGCCAUCAAGAAGAAACUCAAUGAUAAAAAUCCACACGUAGCACUGUAUGCUCUUGAGGUUCUGGAGUCAGUGGUGAAGAACUGUGGCCAGACAAUUCAUGAUGAAGUGGCUUGUAAGCAGACAAUGGAAGAGCUGAAAGAGCUGUUCAAGAAACAACCUGAACCGAAUGUGAAGAACAAGAUUCUUUAUCUGAUCCAGGCAUGGUCCCAUGCCUUCCGCAACGAGCCCAAGUACAAAGUCAUCCAGGACACCUAUCAGAUCAUGAAGGUGGAAGGUCACGUCUUCCCAGAAUUCAAGGAGAGCGAUGCCAUGUUUGCAGCAGAGAGGGCCCCUGAAUGGGUUGAUGCUGAGGAAUGCCACAGAUGUAGGGUUCUGUUUGGAGUAAUGACCCGCAAGCAUCACUGCAGGGCUUGUGGGCAGAUUUUCUGUGGAAAGUGCUCUUCUAAGUACUCUACCAUUCCUAAAUUUGGCAUUGAGAAGGAGGUGCGUGUGUGUGAGCCAUGCUUCGAGCUUCUCAACCAGAAAGCUGAAGGGAAGAGUGCCAGUGCUGGGCAGUCUGAGCUCCCCCCUGAGUACCUGACCAGUCCACUGUCCCAGCAGUCUCAGGUAGUGCCCACCGAAUCAAUGCCUCCUAAGAGAGACGAGGCGGCACUUCAGGAGGAAGAGGAGCUGCAGCUGGCCAUCGCUCUGUCUCAGAGUGAAGCUGAAGAGAAGGAGAGGAUGAAACAUAAGACCACAUACUCUGCAUACCCUAAAGCUGAUCCCACCCCUGUGACCUCCUCUGCCCCACCUGUCAGCACUCUCUACACCACACCCAUGAACUCAUCAGCUCCAUCUGCUGAAGAAGUGGAUCCAGAGCUGGCUCGUUACCUGAACAGAACUUACUGGGAGAAGAAACAGGAAGAGGCUCGGAAGAGUCCCACCCCCUCAGCUCCUGCCCCCGUUUCAUUGGCUGAGCCUGUGCCAAUCAGCCAACCAGUGGAGAGCCACGCCCCAGUCCAACCCAUCAACAUAGUAGAGCAGCAGUAUCAGAAUGGCGAAUCGGAGGAGAACCACGAGCAGUUCCUGAAGGUCUUGCAGAAUGCCGUCACCACCUUCCUCAACCGCAUGAAGAGCAACCACAUGCGCGGGCGCAGCAUCACCAAUGACAGUGCGGUGCUCUCUUUCUUCCAGUCCAUCAACAACAUGCAUCCACAGCUGCUCGAGAUUCUCAACCAGCUGGAUGAGAAGAGAUUGUACUAUGAGGGACUUCAGGACAAACUGGCGCAAGUGCGUGAUGCGCGGGGGGCUCUGAACGCUCUGAGAGAUGAACACCGAGAGAAACUGCGGAGGGCUGCAGAGGAGGCUGAAAGACAGAGACAAAUCCAGCUCGCCCAGAAACUGGGGAUCAUGAGGCAGAAGAAACAGGAGUACUUGGAGAUGCAGAGGCAGCUGGCCAUUCAACGUCUUCAAGAGCAGGAGAAGGAGAGACAGAUGCGUCUGGAGCAGCAGAAACACACCAUACAGAUGAGAGCACAGAUGCCUGCAUUCUCUCUGCCUUAUGCCCAGAUGCAGUCACUGCCUCCUAAUGUGGCAGGAGGGGUGGUGUAUCCCCCCACUGGUCCUCCCAGUUAUCCAGGCACGUUCAGCCCUGCUGGUUCAGUGGAAGGGUCGCCCAUGCAUGGUGUCUAUAUGAACCAGCCUGGACAAACAGGAGCUGGUGGCCCAUACCAGGCAAUGCCUGUGUCAGCUACAGAUCCCAACAUGGUGAACGCUUACAUGUACCAGACUGCAGGCAACAGCGGACAGCCUGCCGCUCCAGGACAAGCCCCUCCCACAACCACAUCUGCCUAUACUAAUUACCAGCCCACACCCACACAGGGAUACCAGAAUGUGGUGUCUCAAGCUCAGAGUUUGCCCCCUAUGUCCCAGGCUGCCCCUACCAAUGGCAUGGCCUAUAUGGGUUACCAGCCAUACAACAUGCAGAAUAUGAUGACAGCUCUUCCAGGACAAGACCUCAACAUGCCUCCCCAACAGCAGUACAUGCAUGGGCAACAGCCUAUGUACCAGCAGAUGGCUCCCCCUGGUGGUCCACAGCAGCCAUCACAACAGCAGCCUCCACAGGCUCUUCCAGGCAGUGCAGAGGCUCAGCUCAUUUCGUUUGACUAAUAGCUACUCGUAUGCCUUUGCCCCACACUACAUUCAACCUUCCCCUUCAGUUUCUGGGUGUAUUACCCUGUACCCUCUACCUGCUCUCUCUUCACAUUGUUUCACACUUAUUGAAAAUGUAGAAACAUUGUAAAGGCUCCUGGCUGUCUGAGUCCCCUCUCCCUUCCCUGCCUCUUUACAUGGAGUAGCAACGGAUGCGCUGGUGGGCAACCUUUAUCUUUCUACAGGGUGAAUCUUAAAAAAACCUGUCAAGAUCGUGCCCAAGUUAUAUUUCACUCCUGAUAAUCAAAAGAAAAAUAAUAGAAAUUUUAUUUCGCGUAUUUCCCCCAAAUUAUCAUUACCGUAAUGCAAAAAUAAAACACAUUCUCAUUACAGUAAUACGGGGAAAAAAAUUACAACUGAUUUACACGGCAAUGUAGUAUUUGUUGUACUGCCUCUAUUUUAUUCCAAUUGAACUGUAAUCAUUGUAUUGCAGUGUACUUUACUGUAAUGUAAUAAAUGACUGUUUUACAGGAAUGAGAAUCAUCAUUGAUAAUAAUGGAAAUCCAAAAACGCCUAAAAAUUCAAACGUCCAGAUGCAUUACGGUAGUAAAAAUGUGGGGUGAAAAUGUAUUUGUCAUGAAAAUGUCACAAUAUAAAAAUCGUAAUUGUCCUGAAACUAGGCUUAAAUUUCUUUAUGUAAAAUAUAGUUUAUUUCUUUCUGUUUUGGGGUUAAAGGGCCUGGACAGGUUUUUGAGAGCUUGUUUUUCGCAAAUGUUGUUUUUUCUUAUAAAACAAAGCUGAUGUGAAGUUAGUCAGUCGUACCAUAGAGUUUAACUCAAUAUGAAUCAAAAAGACAAGACAUACCCAUCCUUUGUCUCCAACAAGAGAUGCUUGCAGGCGUAAACUUAAUUUCAGAGGCGGCAGAUAUUGCGCACUGAUCAAACAAAGCCGUUUUGUCACCCAAAAAAGAAAAUUCUCUCAUCAUUUACUCACACUCAUGCCAUCCCAGAUGUGUAGGACUGACUAUCUUCAGCAGAACACAAAUGAAGAUUUUUAGAAGAAUAUCUCAGCUCUGUCGGUCCAUACAAUACAAUUGAAUGGUGGCCAGAACUUUGAAGCUUCAAAAAGCAUAUAAAGGCAGCAUAUAAAUAAUCCGUACAACUCCAGUUUUUAAAUCCAUAUCAUCAGAAGAGAGAUGAUAUGUGUGGGUAGAAGCAGACCAAUAUCGAAGUCCUUUUUUUACUAAUUCUGCUUCCUCUCAGAAGGUGGCGGAAGUAGAAGUGGAGUUUUAUAGUAAAAAGAACUUCAAUAUUGAACUGUUACUCACCCACACAUAUCACUUCUCAAGAGAUUGACUUAAACCACUGGAGUCUUAUGGAUUACUUUUAUGCUAACUUGAUGUGCUUGUUGGAGCUUCAAAUGUCUGGUCACCAUUCACUUGCAUUGUAAGGAACUACAGAGCUGAAAUAUUCUUGAAAAUUGUUUAAUUUGUGUUCAGCAGAAGAAAGGGAGUCAUUCACAUCUGGGAUGGCAUGAGGGUGUAAAUGAUGAGAAAAUGUAUAUUUUUUGGGUGAACUAUACCUUAAAGAGACCUUUUAGCACAAUUCACUUAGAUAUUUAAAACUCAUCUGACACUCCAGUUCUGGUUUCUAUUUGACAAAUCUGUUGUAUGCAAUUAUAGUAAUGUUUCAAAUGAACUGAUGUUCUGCAUUUAGGAUUUGUUUAGUGGAAUCCACACUAGUGAUUUCUGCCGUAUAAUUAUCAGCCAACGAUUAUCAGUAACUUUACAAUCAUAUCACCAAUUAUUUUCUUUUUUUAUUAAAAGGCCUUGCAUGCAAGUUUGCCAGUCAAACACUCUGUAGUCAUCACAUCUGUUUGUCUUUACAGUUUCAACUUAAUCAGGGGUCCAAGCCUGACGUCUCAGAACUCUUGGCGGACUUUAUGAAAAAAUUGAUCUCAAAUUGCGUUUUCUGAACUAAUUCAUUGCAUUUGAAAGUUGAGCACCACAUCAAUAUCACACAAAAGCCAGUCUGUUUUUUUAACAGUGAGAGUUAGAAGUGAUGACUGCAUGUGGUUUUGAAGAGACAGACAGCUUUUGGAUGAAAGUGAACACUGCAUGUUUGUAACAUUCUGAUACACCGGACUUUAACAAAUAAUCUAAUUUUAAGAUCAUAUUUAAUAAAUAUCUUGUUCUUAUAUUGGUCAUACAUUAGUGAAACAUUUUCUUGUCUCUGAAAGUAUGACGUGCAAAAUAAAAUAAUGUCAAUGUUUAUUUGUGUGCUUGGCAGAAUUGACUGAUUAAUAAGAAAUGAAACCGUAAUGGCUGUAGAAGUGCAAAAUGUGAUCCUUUCAUAAAUAACGGGUUUCUUUGGGAACCAUGUUCUGGAUCUGUGUUCUGGAUCAGUGUUCUCUAAAUAGAGUUCCUAGAGUUUUCUGAAGACAAGACAUUUGUUACACUCAGGCAUCUCGAUCAAACAACACGUCAAAUUAAAGUAUGAACAGGAUUUUUUUUUUAGAGGGCAAAUAUAUAUUUCUCUCCCAAUUAUGUUUGUGUACAUUAAAUAUGAUUAAGGCUGCAAAAAAAACAAAAAAAAUUCUCACCAUUCGUUCCAUUCUUUAUUUCUUUCCAAAAUGUGUCUAAGUACAUCAAUGUAUGGAAGGCCCCACUCUGGAUUCCUAUGACAAAAUUGGUGUUAACAGGACAAGAAAGACAGUAGUUGUAUGUAAUGUACUUGAGAAUGAAUCUACGUAUUGUCUUCAAUGGUUAACAAAUGCCAAUAUACGUAUCUUGAACCUUGAAAUAAAGGAAAAUGAAUAUUGCAGUUGGGGAAACCCACAUCUU